GUGCGUCUAGUUUUGGUGUUUUGGUCAGGACGACUUUAUUUUUAGCAAUGUGUUUAAAUUGCCCUGUGACAUGCAUUCCUCUAGUGACCAUAGGAUCUGUCUGCCACUAGAUUGCUGUCUUCGCUGUUCCUCGACCGUGUAUAAUAUUGCCAAUCUACUUUCUUCUCAGCUGGAUUUAGCCAGAACAGUGUGUUCAGAAACCCCCUUUGCCACCAUUCUUCUACAAAGACUGCUCAUUUUAGAAAGAAUAUACUAUGCAUUUCGUCAUAAAUAUCACAACAAGGACAAAGUCCGAUCAUUAUCUGUCAUUCCUGAGGAGGAUCGUUGCCGAGACUGUACCAUUGUUCAACUUGAAAGGGCCAGCUCAGCUCCCAAUGCAUUGUUGGAGAUGGGUGUUCGUACUGGUCUCACUCUCAUGUUUGCCCUAAUUCAACAGAGUUGGCAGUUCACCAUUCCAUCUGAGGGCCCGAAUCUUAGUCAUCAAGUACUCCAAACAGCAUCAGAUGUUGUGAGAAUGAUGAUUUGA